GCGCCCGCCGUUAUUUUCAGGGGAGUAGCUUAUUGCUGAGCAACGGAGGAAGAGAAGGCCAGCGCACCCAGGGCUGGGCUCUGCUCGCACCUUCAACAGCGACACAGCUAAAAAGAAAAGGGAUGGCCUAGCUUCGUUGUACUGCCAGUGGUCUAUCAGCUGUGGUCUAUCACCUGGACCUGAGAUUCUGUUUGCCUUUGUCCCAGGAGGUGUGUACAAGAAGCAGCAGCAGGGUGCAGAGAUGAGCGUGACCUCCUGGUUCCUGGUGAACAGCGGGGGAACUCGUCAUCGACUCCCCCGGGAAAUGAUCUUCGUAGGCAGGGAUGACUGUGAGCUCAUGCUGCAGUCUCGGAGCGUCGACAAGCAGCACGCAGUCAUCAACUAUGAAUUGGGGACUGAUGAGCAUAAGGUGAAGGACCUGGGAAGCCUGAACGGGACCUUUGUAAAUGAUGUCCGCAUUCAGGAGCAGAUGUACAUCACACUGAAGUUGGAGGACAAGCUGAGGUUUGGAUAUGAUACCAACCUUUUCACGGUGGUGAGAGGAGAGCUCACUGUGCCUGAAGAGGCUUUAAAGCAUGAAAAGUUCACCAGUGGCCUCCAGCUCAGCAAGAAGCCUUCCAACGGGGAAACCACUGCCAAAGCAACCAUGAGCAAUUCUCCUUCUAAGACCCCAACAAAAACGCCAAAGUCACCCAGCACCGCCACUCUGAAGUCUGUGGAGCGCAGAGUAACCGAUGGGGUCACUUCCUCCAGAGAUCAGUCAGCUAAACCUGUGGACUCUCACAAAGCAGACGAGAGGAUAGGAGGGGACAUCACAGCUCUGCCUCGAGGGACUCCACUGUAUGGCCAGCCCUCAUGGUGGGGGGAUGGAGAUGCAGAUGACGAGAAUUCCUUCAAACAGGAAACCAAGUCCUCCUCAUCCAAAAAACACGAGGGCUCCAUUUCUGAGAGUAAAGAGGCCCGCCGAGGAGAGAAAGCUAAAGAGGAGAGCCUUCAUGCAUCCCCUGCUCUCGAUUCCAGUUACUUUGAGAUUCCCACAAAGGAAGGUCACAUGGCCAGUAAUGGCAUUCAUGAAAUUCCCACCAAGGACACCGAGGAUUCGCCCACUCAAAACCACACCGCUGCAGCUCAAGGGCACGCCUCCUUCACCAUAGAGUUUGACAACACCUCUCCAGGGAAGGUUACCAUUAAAGACCAUGUGUCAAAGUACACACCGGACCACCACAGAUCCCGCACCAAAAAGGGCACAGCGGGAAGCAAGGACCUCACCACGCUGCAGGCCGCCAUGAUGGCAUCCGAGAGCAAGGUAGCUGAUUGGCUGGCUCAUAAUGACCCCACUUUGGUGCGCAGCGAGUCAACAGAGGAUGACAGCAAGACCAUCAAGAGCGACAUCCCGGUCCACCUAAAACGGCUCAAAGUAGGGAGCAAACAUGAAGAUGGCACCCAAAGUGACUCUGAGAACGGACUGGGUCUGCGUUUCGCCAACCAUAGACACGCCCUCGAGGAACGCCUGAAAACAGCACACAACCACUUGGGCGGAGGAGCAGCAGGGACGACUACAACCGUCAGUGGGACCAGAACAACUGGCAGCCGAACGGCCUUCAUGAUCGAGUUCUACGACGAGGAAAACCCUCGCAAGCGCCGGUCUUACUCAUUUUCCCAAACUGCUCCCCUACUGGGGGGUGGAGUAGGUGGAGAAGGACUGUGUCCUCAGCCUCCCUCUCACCCUAAGGUGUUUAGUAUUUCAACUUCUGCCGCCUCAGCUGCAGAUUCAGGUAAAGCUCCAGCUCCAAUACCAGCUACAAUUACUGUGGGCGCUCCAACUGCUGCCCGCGUGCUCCUCAAGCAGAGGUCAGAGGACCAGAGUAUUGGUCGGAGCUCAGCUAGCACUGGGUUGGCGACGGGCAGCCCCACCACUCCCAGCGAGGACACAUCAGUUCUCGGCAGAGGACCAGGAGCUGCUGGGGGGGAGGCGGACGACGACCACAGCGAUAAGGGGACCUAUACUAUCGAGCUGGAGAACAAAAACCCAGAAGAAGAGGAGGCCAGGCGCAUGAUAGACAAGGUGUUCGGGGUGCAGGAGAAUACAAGCACCUUGGUUUUGUCUGACCUAAAAGGAAAAGGAAAGGACUCUGGAGAGACUGGGAAAGAGGCUGUUUUUGGCGACUCUAGCUGGGUCUCUCAGUGGGCCAGUUUAGCUUCUAAUCAAGCAAGGACCGACCCAGAAGGUUCUGGAGCAGAAGCAGUGACAUUCCUGCACAAAGAAAGAGGAUCUGAUGCCUUUGAGUCUGCUGCUCCUCCCCUGGGCAAAGGUGAAUCCACUUCCAGUCUGACUGACCGUAAACGCAGGACCCUCCCCCAGCUCCCAGUGGAUGACCCCCGGGCUAAGUCUAGUCCCAAAGCUCUGAGGUCCGAGAUAGGGGAGAAACAGGACACCGAGCCCCAGGAAAAAGAGAACAAGGGAGACGGGGAGUCCCCACCUCCCAUGGAGGGCGGCGAAAUGCCCAACAAACGGAAACAAAGCUCAACCACCUCCUCUCCGUCUAAGGCUCCUGUCCGGACCACUGAAAGGAGGAAGAGGUCAGAAGAGAGGAAUGGAGGAGAAGCUGAUGGAGAGAAAUCUGGGAAGCCUCUUGUCCGUCAGGGUAGCUUUACCAUCGAGAAGCCCAGUUCAAGUGUCCCUACAGAGCUCAUCCCUCGUAUCGACAGAGGCAAUAAUGGGCGUGAGCGCAGCGACUCAGUGGGUAGUAUGGAUACAGCUACUCUGCUUAAGGACACGGAGGCUGUCAUGGCAUUUCUAGAGGCUAAGCUCCGAGAUGAGAACAAACUAGACCAGAAAAGUGCUAAAACUCCUCUAGGUACGGGCCCUUGCCCCCCAGUCCGGACUGAGUCUAUAUCUCCCGAAUCAGAUGUGGACACAGCCAGCACAGCUAGUCAUGCUGCUGCAGAAGCAGGGGGAAAGACUGCAGCUGGCAGCAUACAAAAGCGAAGGUCUCUUAGCAGCAUGCACCGAGAAAAGAGCAAUAUGAGCACAGCUUCUAAGACAACCUCCGGAAACGCCAGUGCUCGUGAACGCUUGGAGAGGAAGGCUAAAGGUAGAACGGCUGAAGCAACGACCCGGACUGAUGCACGUCGCUCCACUCAGCCCUCCUCAGCCUCCUCCAAAGUGCGCCAGCCUUCUCUGGAUCUCACCGACGAUGACCAGACCUCUUCCUUUCCCAUCUCUGACAUUCUUUCUUCAGACCAGGAGACCUAUUCUGGGCCUUUGGGGAACUCAGCACAUAGACAAGGCUCAGAAGAUAUUCUCCAUUCCAAACUUGAUAGCAGAUCUUCCAAAACGCCCACGAGUGGUGCCUCCAAAACCAGCCGAAAUCUGCAGGCAGCAACAGCCUCCUCACUCAGUAAGCAGACCUCUCUUCCUCAACCACGGCCCACCAGAGCCUCGCUUCUCCGCCGCGCCCGACUGGGGGAUACAUCUGACACAGAUCUGGCUGAUGCAGACCGGGUUUCUGUAGCCUCCGAGGUGUCCACGACAAGCUCCACCUCUAAGCCACCAACCGGUCGGAAGGGGAUGUCACGGCUGGACAUGCUGGCUCAGCCACGGAGGACCCGUCUGGGCUCCAUCUCGGCACGCAGCGACUCGGAGUGCACAGUAAGCCGGUCCUCCACUUCUUCAACCCGACUGUCCGCGGAGACUGCUCUUCGUCUCGGCUUGCGCUCUUCAACACCCACAGAGAAUCGACUGACGUCAAGGAUGAGAGCCAACAGUGUGUCAAAACUCAACGAGCCCAAAGCCAAAACCACUACAUCUGGAUACUGUUCUCCCACAGAAUGUUCCCAGCUGGAACCUGCAGAUGGUGACGCAGAGGAAGAGCUUAUGGUGUCCAGCAGCAGCAGGUGGAGGCGUCUGCCGCCGGAGUACGGCUCCACCUCUGAGGAAGAGUUCGGCUCCAGCCGGAACACUGCAAAGCACGGAGUUCGCUCCCACGUCCGGCCUCAUCAUCUUGUCCAACACCGUGGCUCAAGACUCAGCUCCACCACCAGCUCAGGCGCACCAGGUGUGGUGCCGAGUCCCGGCGGAGUGGGCAUCAAACACCGCAUGAAAGAGCAAGAGGAGUACAUCAGGGACUGGACAGCUCACAGCGAAGAAAUAGCCAGGUUAUUCCCCUGUGUGCGCAGGAUCAGCCAGGACCUGGCUAAGGACUUGGCCAUCUUGGCUCGUGAGAUCCAUGACGUGGCGGGUGAGAUAGAUUCAGUCAGCUCCACCGGCACCGCACCGAGUACCACCGUCAGCACAGCUGCCACCACCCCAGGCUCGGCCAUCGACACCCGGGAAGAGGUAGGCCCUGCACGUCCCAUGCAGCCGGACAUACAGGAGAGCAUGAAAAAGCUGGUGGAUCGAGUGUUUGAUGAAAGCCUCAAAUUCAGAAAGAUCCCUCCAGUUAUCCAAUCCAACAAGCCGCCAGAGAUCAACGGAAAGCCUGUGGAGCACCAACCCCGAGCUCCUGACAGCCGGGAGCCACGGGCCUUGAGGAGGCGCACCUGGAACCGAGAGGAGGCGGUGUUGGACAGCCUGCUCCUUCAUUCAGUCUCUCAGCUGUCAACCAAGAUCAGACACUCUGUUGACAGAACAGCAGGAAAGAUCAGGAUCUUGUUCAAAGACAAGGACAGAAACUGGGAUGAAAUUGAGAGUAAACUGAAGUCAGAGAGUGACGUUCCACUUCUUAAAACCUCCAACAAGGAAAUCUCUUCGAUUUUGCUUGAACUAAAGAGAGUUGAGAAACAGCUUCAAGUGAUUAACGUGAUGGUAGACCCAGAUGGGACUUUGGAUGCCUUGACCAGCCUCGGCCUGAGCAGCCCCACCACCCCGACCAAGCCCCAAACCGCCAAAUCAACGUCUCCCUCCGCUACCAGCCCAGCCAAAGAGUUGCUGCCCGAAAUCCUUCCUGGGCCUGGAGGUCCAGCAGCCUCCACCAGGGUUCAGUCCUCCACCACCAGCACAGAGGGCAGUACAAGAGAAAGCAUCGUGGGUUUGGGUCUGACAGGCGUUGGAGGGCUGCCCUUCAGUCGCAGGCGGCCGAGUGGAGAAGAGGCCAUUGCACAGAAAUGAACAGGAGGAUUCCCUGAUUAGAACUGAAUAAAGAUGAGCAUUGAUUAGUGCGUAGGUGGCUGGCUGAUGUACAGUCUUCUUUUUACCCAACAGUGACCAUUUUACUGGCUAUAAUAUCAAUAAGCAAAAUAAAUCCUGGUUAGAAAUGAAGAGAGAUUCUCUACACCUCCUGACUGAUUCAUCAAGUUUAUACCCUCAAGCAGAACCUGACCCACGAAUGAUUCAGGUAGCCUGAUAACAACAUCUCAGCCACCAGCUGCUUGCUCCCAGUAACCUACAUGACAUCCUUGUGGACUGCAGGCUACCAGUGGACAGAUUUCUGUGAGUGUACAGCCUCCUUCACUCCUCUUGCCUUCUUCAUGUGUCUGGACCCUUCCUACUCUAAGGACAUGCCUUAAAACACCUCCCCUGUAGCAGCAUCAAACCUUUUCCCCCCAAAUACUAUCCAGCACAUUUUUAUGAGUUCAUUCAAUGCAAACUGGACUGUAAAAUAAGACUUUAACAUGUUUUAGGUACACUGGUGACUGCAGAGAAUAUUCCAGCUCAGUUACGAGAAACCACCUUCAGAUGGUUUAAACCUAGAAGUACUAGAAGUACUGAGAUUAUGUCUGAAAUCAGGCAGAAUUUUAUUCAUAUAAAAAGUUCAAACCACCCAUCAACUCGUCGUGGUUUGACUCGUCUGAAUUCACUUAUCUCCUGUUUCUCUCCUUCCCUCCCUUUUUCUGUCCCAGUAGCUGGAAACAGUUUGUGUCGACAGUAGCGAUGAAAAGAAACAACUACAAGAUGGUUUUAUCCAUAAGUAUCAGCUUGGUUCAGUACUCACCAAAGUUUUUACCUCUUUAUUGAUGUGGCCAUUUUCAAACCAAUCUUUUCUGGGAAGGUAAACAUUACAGUUCAUCUCAAUGUUUUUGUUUUUUUUUGCAAUUUAUAUGUUUCUGUGUCCUUACCUACAGACUCCUCCACAUGUAUCAGUCGCCACGUAAAGAGGCGGCCAAGUAAGAGCCUUAAAAUUCAUGAAUCUUUGAUUGCAGUAGCAUAAAUUAACCCUGAAAAUCUUUUAAAAAUCUAACCUUUUAUUUGAAAAGCAAAAGAAAAAUGUUGAAUAAUAGUUUUUUUGCUAAAUCACCAGUGCUAGAAUGAGCGGCAAUUCCUAUGAAACAUUGGUACAAGACCCUGUUGCCACAUCCCGUGGGUCACAAUAAUUAUAUAAUUAUAUAAUUGUAGUAAAAGGAUCUGUAACUCAUCGUAGAACCGGGAAUUAAAACAGGAUGUGGCAUGUUUGUCUUAUUAAAAUCUUUGGGUCCAUCAUUUCAUUGCAGAAAAAUAUGGUCUAUGUGAGGUUAUGCUCCUGCAGUAGAAGGUGAAUUUAUUUUAAAGCUUUUUACUCAAUAGACGUGGAAUGUGCAGCAGAUUUAACAAGGGUCUAAUUUUCUUCCAUUUGGCUGUCUUCUACUUUGUCCUGUCACAUGUGGCUGGACUUCUACUUUAUUGAGCCGGUGCUUCAAGAAAAUAUAUAUUUAGAUACCCAUGUUAAAUUUUGUUACAAUUAGAUAAUAAUUUUCUUUGCCUCUCUAGUACAAACAUUAUCUUCAUGGGAAAAAGCUGACGGGAUUAGUUUUUAAUAAGGUGCCAUGGAAAUAACACAUAAUCACAAAAAGGCCUUUUAGUUGUUUAUUAAAAACAGAAAUUAGCUGUUUCAGACAGUUGAAGAUGUUUCUCAACAACUUGGCUGCUUUUGGAGAUACUUUGCAGAACUUUACUUAACAUUUUUCUGAACCUCUCUUCAGCUUAUAGUCUGUGUGUAGACUAGGUUAAAAUUUAAAGCAGUGUAUUAGUACUUAGAAACCUCUAACAAGUGAUUUUAGGUACUAGAAUACAUGUUUGUUUCACUCCUUCUAUAUUGUACUGUACACUGAUUUCAAAUGCCUCAAGGUGCCCAUUUUAAAUGAUAGAAGGGCAUUGAUUAAUAAAAAAAAAAGGUGCAGUUGUCUAAAAAAUGAUUUUUUUGUGCACAUCACAUCAACAAAGUGACAGAUUGUAUCAAACUAAGGAUAUCGGUCUACCUGAUAUCAGAAGUGACUGCCAAGCUUGUCUGAACCUAUUUCGUUGCCCUUUUCUCCCCUCCUAAUGUUCAGAAAAUAAAAACCCUAGGGGCUGUGAAUGCUAGGUACAUUUAGAUAUAUUUUGUAAAUGCUACUCAUGUCAUUGGAUCAGUGUUCUUUGUAAUUUUUUUUUUCUUAUUUUGUAAAGAAAAUCAUUUUAUUUAUUUUGUUUUUAUAUUAUGUGUAUGUUUUAAGCAUUUUAUAUUUGUUCAACUAUCUGCAUUCUUACUGUUAAUAAAAAAGAGAUAUUCA